AUGAAGGCUCUUCCUGUACUACUGCUGCUGUGUGUGGCAGCUGGCUCGGCCUAUCCGUUGAAUGGAGCUGCACAGGACGAGGACAACAGCAUGGAGCUGGUUCAGCACUACCUAGAAAAAUAUUACAACCUCGCAAAAGAAGUGAAACCAUUUGUUAGAAGAAAGGACAGUAGCCCUGUUGUUAAAAAAAUCCAAGAAAUGCAGAAGUUCCUGGGGUUGGAGGUGACGGGGAAGCUGGACCCAGACACGCUGGAGGUGAUGCACAAGCCUCGGUGUGGAGUUCCUGACGUUGGAGGCUUCACUACCUUUCCUGGCAUGCCGAAGUGGGGGAAAACUCACCUUACCUACAGGAUUGUGAAUUAUACACUGGAUUUACCAAGAGAAGCUGUUGAUUCUGCCAUUGAGAAAGCUCUGAAGGUCUGGGAGGAGGUGACCCCACUUACAUUCUCCAGGAUUUAUGUAGGAGAGGCUGACAUAAUGAUCACUUUUGCAGUGAGAUAUCAUGGAGACUUUUACCCUUUUGAUGGACCUGGGAACGUUUUGGCUCAUGCCUACCCACCCGGGUCGGGGAUUUGGGGAGAUGCCCACUUUGAUGAUGAUGAACAAUGGACAAAGGAUACAUCAGGGACCAAUUUAUUCCUCGUUGCUGCUCAUGAACUUGGCCACUCCCUGGGUCUCUCUCACUCAGACAACACUAAAGCUUUGAUGUUCCCAAUCUACAACACAUUCACAGACCUGGCCAGGUUCCGCCUUUCUCAAGAUGAUGUGAACGGCAUUCAGUCCCUGUAUGGACCUCCCCCUUCUUCCCCUGAUGAGCCUGUGGUGCCCACAGAAUCUGUACCUCCUGAAACACCAGCCAUGUGUGACCCCGCUUUGUCCUUCGAUGCAGUCAGCACUCUAAGAGGAGAAUUCCUGUUCUUCAAAGAUAGGCAUUUUUGGCGCAGAUCCCUAAGAACUCUUGAACCUGGAUUUUAUUUGAUCUCUUCCUUUUGGCCCUCUCUUCCUUCAGGAGUGGAUGCUGCAUAUGAAGAUACUAGCAAGGAUAUUGUUUUCAUGUUUAAAGGAAAUCAGUUCUGGGCCAUCAGAGGAAAUGAAGUUCAAGCAGGUUACCCUAGAGGCAUCCAAACACUGGGUUUUCCUCCAACAGUCAGGAAAAUAGAUGCAGCCAUUUUUGAUAAGCAAGAGAAGAAAACAUACUUCUUUGUAGAGGACAAAUACUGGAGAUUUGAUGGGAAGAAACAGUCUAUGGACCCCGGAUUUCCCAGGCAAACAGCGGGAGACUUUCCAGGGGUUGACUCAAAGGUGGAUGCUGUUUUUGAAGCAUUUGGGUUUUUCUAUUUCUUCAGUGGAUCUUCACAGUUGGAGUAUGACCCAAAUGCAAAGAAAGUGACACAUAUUUUGAAGAGUAACAGCUGGUUUAAUUGUUAGGAGAGAUAUGUAGAA